UUAGUCUUUGGUUUGGUCCUAUUUUUCUGUCAUAUUUUCUAAUCUGCAGAGCAGAGGCUAUUCUUAUUUCUUUGAUACAAAAAUAAAAAAUAUCUACGUUUUCUAGUGUUGAAUUAAAAUAACAUAUCGAUUGCGGUAUUUAUUUACCUAGAAAUGGAAGGUAGGAAAAGACAAAGGUGUAUUUAUGUCACAGCUCGACAGAAGAAAAAGUUAAUAGAAUUAAUGGCAAAACAUCCAGAAUUAAUAUCUUGCAAAGUUACUCAGGAUUUUAGCUAUAAAGAUUCUCAAAUAUUAUGGCAAAACAUAGCCAGCGAAUGCAAUGCUAUGCCAGGUGCGCGGAAAACUUGGAGACAGUGGAGAAAAACAUGGCACGAUCUUCGUUCAAAAACAAAGAAAAAGCAGACUGAAACAAAUGGCGAAAUACCUUUUUCUACAACUACACUAACUCAAGCAGAGCAGGAUGCCUUAGGCAUCAAAACUUUGUCUUCAGAUGACUAUCAAGAAUCUACAGAGUUUGUGCCAUUAAGUGAAAAUCAAGAUGAAUUUAAUGAUGCCAUGUCUGCAACCUCAUUAAGUGAACCAGGUUCACCUCCUGAGCCAAAAGUAUUUGUUUCAACAGAACACAAAACAAAAAAAGUAAAAAUCAAAAACUCAAAACGUAGCUCAAAACACUCAAAUAGCUGUUUCUUUAACUGUGACCUGAUAGCUGUCCAGGAACAAAGGAAAGCACAGAUCAAAGAAGAUUAUUUAAAUUUUAAGAAGGAUUACUUAAGACAAAAACUGAAAUUGCUGAAAGAACAGACUGAAGCAUUAAAAAGUAUUGCUAAAGAAUUAACAAAGUGAUAUGAGAUCUCGAGUAUUUGGGUUUAUCUAGUUUAUUUAGUAAAUGUACCUAUCUGUAAUAUAACAAAUUGACAUCUGUGCAACCAUAGAUGUGAUGUAAAUAGUUUUUAAUAAUUCUGCAAUAGUUGAAAAUAUUAUCACAAUAAAACUUUAAGAUAGUCUUA